CCCUCUGGCUGAUUCGGGAGAGCCAAAACAAUAAAUAGCAGAAGCAGCUAGCAGUAACACGUUCGUUCAUUGGUGACCAAUUUUCGUUUCGCAGGAAUGGGGAAUAAUAGACAAAGGAGAUUCAGAGCUCAUCGCGCACAAUCAAGUCGACACCACCAACAACAACUCUUACUAGAGGACGAUUCUCAAAGCUCUCUUCCAGCAGAAAAUGUUGAGGGCGAGGAAGAGGAGGAGGAGCUCACGGAACCAAAAAUAAAGCUUGCAAUGUGGGAUUUUGGGCAAUGCGAUGCCAAAAGGUGCACUGGACGCAAGCUUUCAAGAUUGGGCAUACUAAAAGAGUUACGUGUGAGUAAUGGUUUUGGGGGCGUUGUUUUAAGUCCUGCUGGAAAUCAAUGUGUUUCAAGAGAAGAUUACUCUUUAAUCCAGAAGAAAGGAUUGGCUGUUGUGGAUUGUUCAUGGGCACGCUUAGAUGAUGUGCCUUUCAUGAGGCUGCGCUGUGCUGCUCCUCGCCUCUUGCCAUGGCUUGUAGCAGCAAAUCCAGUAAAUUAUGGUCGGCCAUGUCAGCUAUCUUGUGUAGAGGCUUUAUCUGCUGCUUUGACAAUAUGUGGGGAAGAAAAAACUGCAAAUUUGUUGCUUGGCAAGUUCAAAUGGGGCCAUGCUUUUAUGUCUCUGAAUGGGGAAUUACUGAGGGCCUACUCCAAAUGCCAAAAUAGUGCCGAAAUUAUUUCUGUUCAAAAUGCUUGGCUGUCACAAGAGAGUCAGAUUCCAAGGGCUCCUACUGAUAGUGAAGUUACGACACCUGAAAGUGAGGAUAAAAUCCAGAACUCUUCCGAUUCUGAAGAUGGGCUUCCACCUCUUGAAAAGAACAUGAAUCAUUUGAGCAUAGCCAAUAGUGAUGAAGAGAGUGAAUAGAUGCAUUUUACAUCUCUAACGCGAAGAUGUGUGCCAUGCAACAUCGCAUAGUGGCAAAUCAUUUUGGUUAACAAAAUAUAUGCGUUGUCGCCAUUUUUUAUCCCUAAAUUUAAAUAAGAAAAUAUGAGCGAGUAUCACCUAGUAGUAAGCUGUACACCCUUUCGUCUGACGUCUUAUAGUAUGUUUGGAAUAGAGAUUUAGCUUGUGAGCAAUAGUUAUAUGGCGUCAAUGGCGAUCUUUUAUUUUAAUGCUGAAAUGGAAAUUCUUAAGCCACAAAA